AUGAUGAAAAGAAACUACGAUGUGCAGCACGUGGCUGCGGCGAGUCUGGCCGGCAGCAAGCCGCACGGCAAAUCGUCAUCCACCCUGUUCGACAAGCUGACGAAACGCUACUCGGGUGUGAUCGGUACGCGCUUUCUGCGGAAAACGCCCGGCCGCAAGGGUGGCGUGGCGGAACCGCUGUCCGAUAGUUACGAUAUGUGCGGGAACCGGUCGGAUGACUUCCGGCCAGAGAUCGGUGCGCCGGUCCUGAUCUCCAAGACGAUGAAGUUCGAUUUCGAUACGGACUCGUCGGUGGAACAGCUGCCAUUGCCCAGCGUGCCUACUAUGGAGCACCGGGUGCGAUCGGUAGCGACACCAUCCACGUCGGAGGAUAGCGAAAACGAUGUGUUUGUGGAUGCGAACAGUUCGCUGCCCAACUUCGGUGAGAUUAAGUUUACGUUCCUGCCGGAAAGCAACAACAACUGUCGUAGCUUUCAGGACGAAAACGUCCGGCAGGGUAGUGGAAUGUUGGAGAAGAGCCGUUCUAAGUCGGCGCACAACCUGCACCUACACCAUCCGCGGUCGGAAAUGCGUCUGUCCCUUGCGAAAGCACCAUCGUUGAAUAUGUCCGCCAGCCCGAACAGUGGUGCCAUCACGUUGUCCGUGCCGAACAGUCCGGCGGUGGAAAGUAUCUACGAUUUUCCGCGCAGUACACGCUCGGACGGUAUCCGGAAGCCGCACGGUGAAUCGUCGUACGAUCUGACGCGAUCGCACCAUGUGCUGAACGAGAUAAAUCUAUCGCUCGUAAGCGAUGACAGCCACCUGUACCAGAACCUGCCAAGCCCUGGUGAUGCACGGUACGAUGUGCCACCGGCCGGUUGCCGGCGCAAUUCGUCCUCUUCGAACAACUCCACGCAGGAGGAGGAGUUCGAUCUAAAGUCGGCCAGCUUCCAAAGCCUUACGGAUGCGGGACCCGGCGCCAACCAGCUCGCCGUCUCCAUGGACGAGCUGGACGAGUUGACGCGCCAGAUCAAUCAGUCGACGGUGGGGCUAGGGUCACCGCUUCCGGACAGCGAUGAGUACUGCGAGCAUCGGAAGCAACUGCACCCGUCCGAACGCCGGCUAACGCUGAUGAAGAACCGUAGCGUGUCCGGGAAGCAUCUGAUUGAUUUCGAUCGGCGGAAGGCCAAGAUCACGAAGAAGUGGAGCGGCUUCAAGAGCUGGAUCGGUGAGGAGCAGGGCCGCAUCCGGGAGGUGGUGCAGAAACAUGCCGCCAUGCAGCGGGUCGGCCUCGAACCGUCCGGGGCCGGUGCGGCCGGUAAGGUGAAGCGCACCAGCAGCGAUCUCACCGCGAGCGAUCAAGAUUCGCAACAGGAGGUGGACGGUACGACGAUGGUGACCACGCCCGAAUCUAGCGUUGUGCAGCGCGAUCGAACGUUAUCGUCGGAGGACCGGGAAGGUGUACGGACGAUGCACCGGAAGAGUGCCAACGCAGAGAUACUGGAGGGACAAAAUGGGUUCGAAGAGGUACGCCGGUUCGUUAAGCAGGGCGGAGACUUCGGAAAGGAUCUGGUCGCCAUACUGCACGAGCGUACCGAGAUAGAGCAGCUGUACGCAAAAUCACUCUCCAAGAUUGCCAACAAACUGAACAAAGCCUGCCGGGAUCUGCCGGGCACGAUAGCCGAUUCGUGGCGAUCCGUAUCAACCGAGCUGGAAGGACGCAGCGAGGUACACCGACAGUUCUCAAACUCGCUGGCGGAGGAGGUUGUGAAGCCGCUGAAGGCAGUGAUCGAGAAUCAGCACAAAGCGCGCAAAACGAUCGAAACCAACGUCGACAAAUCCGCUCGCAUACUCGCCGAAUGGCGGACGGCUGAGAUGAAGGCGAAGAAAAACUCACAUGCGGCGGCACGGGAAAACGAAAAGCUGCAGGACGCCAUGCUCGAUGUGAAGCUUCAGCGAACUCCCUCGAUCGGACUGCUACACAAGACCACCGAGAAGGAGGUAAAAGUGUCGGAAAAGGAUAGCAACAAACUCGACGGCAAAAGAAAGAAGGCUGAAGAAGCGGUCAAGAAGGCGGAUGUAGAAUAUUACACCCUCUGUAUACGAGCAGAGCGCGCACGCGUUGACUGGGAGAUGUCCGUGCUGCGUGGUUCGUCGAUGCUGCAAACGCUCGAAAGCCAACGAUUGGCACAGUUUAAAACGCACGUCACCGAUUACCUCAAGCUGUCGGCCGAGAUGAGUCCGCUGUUGACGAAAACGAUCGACCGGCUCAGUCCGCAGGUUGCCAUGUGCAGUGUGGCCAAAGAUCUGGAUGUGCUGAAGAAUAUUCGCCGGGCGACGGAAGGACCGAGCGAACAGCUGCUGCCCGAUUUCUACUGCGAGCACACCACGCUGGCCAUGAACCGUGAGCGACGAAAACAGUCGCUGGUGAAGCUGCUGCAGCUAAUCCGCCAAGAUCUGGACCGAGAGCGACGAUCGCGCAACGGUCUGAAAGGGUUCUCCCAGACGCUGGAUAAGAACGGUGAAAGCAAUCAGAAUAUUGCCGAUAAGCUGUAUCAUAUACGAUCAAUGCUCACAUAUCUGGAAGGUGCGCGUUAUAAACUACAGUCGGCACUACUGGAACUCGACCACAAGCCUCGUUCCAGCCAUCCUCUUGCACAACACAUUCAGAUCACGCGCGAUCGCACAGGCCUUCAGACAAGCGUGUUAAAGGUUCCCUUAUGGUUAAAGCACGAACAGGACGAUCAGGACGGUAACCUGGAGUCGGCGACUGCCAACGGUCAAACCAUAGUUCACAGCUCGGACGAAAGCUCUGAUCAGGGAUGUUUGGAUAUCAAAAACGAUACGCUCAUCAAACAUAUUGUGCACAAAUACGCCCGAAAUGGAUGUAAUGGAGACGAGGGACAUUACACGGUAAACAAGGCUGGCAAAUCUGCGCACCAGGACGAUCAUCACGGUCCGGCAUGGGAUCGGGGCGUAGCCGAUGGAGUAUCCAAUCAACCUGAUUCCGAUUUUGAUGAAUUUUCCUCCCAGGAUGAGGACGAAGAUCGUUGUUCGGUGGCACCGAAGCAACUGCUAGAAAAUGGUCACCAUCCGGUAUUGGCAAACGGCAUUGGACCGUCGGCCGUUGACCAUCCGGACGGUAUCCCGAACCAGCCCACUAUUCUUGGGCGUUGUCGGGCACUAUUUAACUACACACCAAAGCUUUACGACGAGCUGGAACUGCAGCCCGGCGACAUUCUCGAGGUGCACAUUAAGCAGGAGGACGGUUGGUGGCUCGGAGCACUCCGUGGACAGAUAGGCAUCUUUCCAGCAACGUAUGUGGAGGAGAUACCGUAA